AAAAAGCCCAAAUUGAAUCGAGUACCCAAAUCCCAUCUCUCUCUCUCUCUCAUGGAGGGGAACGAAAGCGGCCUGAGCUCUUACUACCACCACCAUCAGCAGCAGCAGCAGCAGCACCACCCUACCCACCUCAGCGUCACCACCACGACCACAAGCACCACCACUUCAGCCGCCACUAAUGGGAUAUUUUCCAACCCCCACCACCUCAACGCAUCUUCCGGUCACUACUCGUCGUCGGAAGGUGGGACUCCCCUCGUUUUCCCCCCGCAUUCGGUGACUGGAAGAGCCCCCGUCGCUGCUUCGGCGCCACAGGAGACAGUGCGCCGGAAACGGGGUAGGCCCAGGAAGUAUGGUACAGCCGACGCACCAGUGAAUGCCACGGCUUCAUCCUCGGUGUCUUCUGCAAAGAAGGUCACUUCACCUUCUUCGCUUCCUCUGUCUUCUCCGCCUCGCAAGAAGGAGCAGUCAUCGGGCUCGUCUUCUUCGUCUUCUAAGAAAGCCCAGUUGGUUGCGCUUGGGCAAGCAGGACAAGGUUUCACUCCUCAUGUCAUUACUGUAGCUGCUGGAGAAGAUGUGGCACAGAAGAUAAUGUCAUUCAUGCAGCAACGCAAACGUGCAGUCUGCAUUCUUUCAGCUUCUGGUUCAAUUUCAAAUGCAUCUCUGCGUCAGCCUGCUACACUAGGGGGCAACGUGACAUAUGAGGGGCGUUUUGAGAUCCUUUCUCUUAGUGGGUCUUUCUUGCAUAGUGAGAUUGAGGGAGCAUCCUCAAGAACUGGUGGACUCAGUAUAUGUCUGUCUGGUACUGAUGGUCGCAUAGUUGGAGGGGGAGUAGGGGGCCCUCUAAAGGCUGCAGGCCCAGUACAGGUUAUUGCUGGGUCCUUUGUGCUUGAUGCCAAAAAAGAUGCUAGUGCAGGUGUACAGAUUGAUGCUUCUGCUAGCAAAUUGCCCUCCCCACUAGUUGGAGCAACAGUUUCAGGUAUAGGCUUCAGGUCAGGACCAGAUCCAUCUGGAAGAAUCACUUCUAGAGUAAAUGAUGAUCAUCAAAAUAUUGGUGUGGGUCAUUUCAUGCUACAGCCUCGAAUGCAUGUAAUGCCAUCUCGGUCAACUGAUUGGAGGAGUGGCCCAGAUGCUAGAGGAAAUGCCAACAUUGAAUUAACAGGAAGAACAGAUCAUGGAUCAUGCCAAUCUCCAGAAGAUGGGGAAAACGAACAUAUUCCAGGUUGAUGCUUUUGUUGCUUCUUACAUGGGUGGUGAUUUAUGCUCAUUCUAAAAUCCAAUAUGAUGUAGCUUGUGCAUUCUGUGCAUCCGUUCAUGGAUGGGUUAUGUAUUGCUACUCUCUGUUCUUGGAUUUUAUUCUUAAGUAGUUAUUGGAUUUUCAUUCUGUAAGUUUAUACAUAUUUAUAAGAUGGCGGUGGCCGCAUCUUCAACCUCUCUGUUGAAUGGGUGAGCCUUCACUCCAUGCGUUUUCCAGUUAUCUGUGUGUGCGUGUGUCACAUGGCAAAUGUGUCUGAAAGUAUAUUUAUGUUUCCAUUUUUC